AUGAGAGGCCCCCAUGGCUCCGACAGUCAGGAGAGUGGUCCAGACGACGAGGAAGCCUCUCCGCGUAAUAAGCUUUACGUAAAGGACCCCCGUGAGAGUAUCUUUGAGAAGACCAAGCCUGACAAUAACGGUGACUGUGAGACACCUCAGGCUCCACAUACCUGCAGCCCUGCGAACCAACUGCUUGACGAUUUUGAGCAAGACGAUUUCCUUCCGCUCACAUUAGACCGCGUAUUCGAGACUCCCAACAACUUGCCACUUGACGACAGUGAAGAUGAUAUGGAGGAAUGCUGGGAAACAGAGAUUUUGGAGUUGAUUGUGCGCUUCCAGUCCUCAAAAUUGACUGUUGACGAGGUCGGAGGCCGCUGCCAGGAAACGUCUCGUGGUGACACCUUGGCUUCGGCCGAACCUGCACAUUCGUCUCAAGAUGCAGCUGCAAGCCAUAGUGAGCGUCAGACAGAUCAUGGUCCCAGAAACUCUGAGCUACGUACACGACCUGCUUCGUUGAAAUAUUCACCGGCUUCGUUGGAUCCUGACAGGACACAAAGAAUCCGAAAUUUCCGAAACAGGAUAUUUCGGGUCAUUGAGUUCUUACAGCAAGAAGCCCAGAGAACCACCCUUGAGCAAUUACUUCACGAAAACACGUGGAUCAAUCUGGCAUUUUGGCUACCCUUGCGCCGCUCAAAACCCCAUGCGAUCUUCCAAAUCUUCGCGGCGGCUAUUCCGGAGUCCACCAUGGCCAUACUGGGUCAUGACCAGAUCACAAACACUCAUCUGCUGUCUCUCCCUCGAGUCGACGCCGAGUGCAGUGGAAAAGUUGGAGUGUACAUUGACUGCGCUGCUCAAUGUGAUAGUUCUCGGCCAGCAGGUGCAGCAGCCAACGUUCCUCUCAUGACAGCACUCUACACAGGCUCAAGCACUGACGACCUGAAAGCCCGUGUGGACCACCAGGAGGCGGAUUUGGCAAAUCAUGAUUCUCAGAACGGGCGUUACUAUCACCGAGAAAUAGUGCAACGACAUGAUCUGAAGCCAUGCUUUCGACGCAUUGCGUUAUUUCCCGAGGAUAUUUCCGAAGCUGGAAUAGCUUGCGCCAAUGCGGGCUGGCUUCGCUCUGGACCAAUGUGGGAUUCCGCGGAGCCUAUUCAUGCCCCUCAACAAGGCACUUCCAACCAAGCAAGCCGUUAA